AUGGCUGCUGCGUACGGAGACCCAUCCAGUCCGUUGAUGUCAGCGACGGACAGAACACCCCUGGGCCUGGGCCAUGUACCUGAAACUCGAAUUCUGGUGAUUAUGACAGGAGGGACUAUCUGUAUGCAGAAGUCGCCAGAUGGCCUUGUUCCAGCCCGCAAUUUUCUCGACCGAUGUAUGGCUCCUCGGCCGGAAUUCAAUGAUGGAGAACCCCAUGACCCUCUCGAGGUUGUGUUCGAUGAUGGGCCGGACGGCUUGGGCAAAUUGCACAGUCUGAGAACACCAACAAGCGUCUAUGGGAAACGCAUUAGAUAUGCCGUGUUGGAAUAUGAAACCCUGCUAGAUUCAUCAUCCAUCGAUAGCAAGGGGUGGGACCAAAUAGCCCAGACCAUCUCUCGGAACUACAAGCUUUUCGAUGGCUUUGUUGUUCUCCACGGCACAGACAGCUUAGCAUACACAUGCUCAGCCCUCAGUUUCAUGCUGCAGAAUUUGGGGAAGCCCGUCAUACUAACAGGCUCCCAAGUCCCAUUCUCCGAGCGCAAAAAUGAUGCCUUGGACAAUCUGCUCGACUCGUUGGACAUAGCUGCCCACUUCAUGAUACCCGAAGUGUGUCUUUGCUUCAACUCUACCUUGUUCCGUGGCAACCGAGCCACCAAAGUAUCCGCCAGCGCGUUCGAUGCAUUUGCGUCCCCUAACCUUCCGCCGUUGGCCAGGAUCACGGCAGUAGACACGGAAGUGGCCUGGAACCUGGUCACCAGGCCGACAUCACUUCAAGCAUUUAACAUUCAACCAGACCUUGAUAUUCAUCAUGUGGCGUGUUUGAGAAUUUUCCCCGGGAUCAAGCCCAAAAUGGUCGAAGCCGUAUUGCGAACCGAGGGUCUUCGAGGACUGGUGCUGGAGACGUUUGGUGCUGGCAACGCGCCUAGUGGACACGACAACAAAUUGAUCCAGGUGAUAUCUGAUGCGGUGCAGCGCGGCAUUGUAAUUGUGAAUGUGACGCAAUGUUUGACGGGCAGUGUCAGUCCCCUUUACGCACCAGGCAUGGCUCUUGGCCGCGCUGGUGUGGUCGCAGGCGGCGAUAUGACGAGUGAGGCUGCUUUGACUAAAUUGGCGUACCUUCUGUCGCUUCCACAAGCGAGCCCGGAAUCAGUGGCCAAACGCAUGGCCAUCUCCAUUCGAGGGGAACUCACGGAGCACUCGGAGACCGUUUUCAGUCACCCAACUGGCGAGCUGUCGUCUCCUGUCGCCCAACUCACCGCCAUUGCAUAUGCUAUUGCCAGCGGAGACCUCCAGAAGGUGCAAGAUCUGCUGCGUCAGGACACCCAACUGAUGAACCGCCCCGACUAUUCUGGCAACACCCCUGUGCAUCUAGCAGCCACCGGACCGAGCCUUGAGAUACUUCGGUAUCUGCUCUCAUUAGGCGCCUCAGUCCAUCUCCGCAAUCACACAGGUUCAGGACGGACACCGCUUUUUCUAGCUGCGAAUGCCGGCCUGCUGCCGCACGUAUUGCUCCUUCGACAGGCCGGCGCACAUCUCCAUGCCGAAGAGCUCGACACGGCACGACUGCAUGCAAGUCAAAGGCCAGAUGUAUGGGCGCAGGCGGGCCUGGACAUGCCUUAG